AUGUCUCGCGCGUGGCCAACCCGCUCCAGCGCCUCCGCCACCAAGCGCCUCAUCAAGGAGCUCGACGCCUGGCGCCGGGACCAGCACGACGAGCCGGGCAUCGAGCGCCUCGGCCCCGUCCGCGAAGACAACCUGCUGGAGUGGGAGGCCGUCAUCAACGGACGCGGCGUGGGAUCCGGCUACGACGGCGGCCGGUGGCUCGUCGCCGUCUCCAUCCCCGCCGCGUACCCGCUGCAGCCGCCGGGGGUGCGGUUCGUCACGCCCGUCGUGCACCCCAACAUCGCGCUGCACACCGGCGAGAUAUGCCUGGACCUGCUGAAGGAGGCGUGGACGCCGGCCUACAGCGUGCUGGAGUGCCUGCGGGCGGUGCGCGUGCUCCUGGGGUGUCCGGAGCCGGACAGCCCGCUCAACGUGGACGCGGCGGCGCUGCUGAGGGGGGGGGACGUCGUCGGCUCCAGGAGGCUGGUGGAGUGCUGGUGCGCCGACGGCGGGAGGUACGAUGGGCCUUGA